CCAACCAUGUGUGGACGAUAUGCCCUAGGUCUGCAGCCCCGCUACAACAUUGCGCCAAACUCUCUGGCGCCCGUCAUUCGCAGGCGUAACGCUUCUUCACCCGACCUUCAAAUGCAGACCAUGCGGUGGGGCAUCCCUUAUGGUAAGGUUCAUGCGAAAAGCCAACAAGCUAUCAAUGCACGCUCGGAAAACAUCAUGGAAGGAGCAGGAAUGUGGAACAAAUACCGAAGCAGUAAUCGCUGUGUUGUUGUUAGCCAGGGGUACUACGAGUGGCAGACAAAGGGCAAGGUCAAGCUUCCACACUUCACGAAACAUGCCGAUGGGAAGGUGAUGCUUAUGGCUGGACUUUAUCACGUCUCAGACGAAACCAUUCCAAACUACGUUUUUGCUAUAAUUACAACCAGCGCCAGCACAUCACUUAGUUGGCUGCACGACCGCCAACCUGUUAUUCUUACAUCCGACGCAGACGUCACUAAGUGGCUUGAUACAAGCUCGAAUGCUUGGUCCGCCGAGCUUGGCAAACUGUUACGACCGGUUGGGGGCCUGAUAUGGUCUAUCAAGUUCCAAAAGAAAUUGGAAAAGUGGGGUACCGAGUCUUCCGCCUUUGUCCAGCCCGUUGCAACACGCAAAGACGGUAUUGAGGCUAUAUUUGCAAAGCAACGCACCAAACAGAAGGACAAUAAGGAGGGCAUCAAGCGCAAGCGUAGUCCAUCUCCAGUCAUAUCAUUAGUGCCUGAACCAGCCGGGAAGGAGGAUGAGAGUCAUAAGACAGAGUGCAAAAAGCUCAAAGUUGAAUAACUUGUUGCAGGCAUAUCACGCUGUACAUAAUUUGUGGCUUGUAUGUCAUAACCCUAACCCUAGGCCAGGCAAAGGUUGCUUGGCACUGCUUGU